AUGGCUGCGGGCGGGCUGAUGGGCGUCUUCGUCUUGGUCUCGCCGCUGGCGCCCGGCUUACACGUAUCGUGCACUUACGUGACCAGGUACAAGACGCACAUGAGAACGCACCUUCUGAGGCACUUGGGCAAGCGCCCCUUCGAGUGCCACUUGUGUCCGGCCACAUUCACCGAGAGGUCUAAGCUCAAGCUUCACGUGCGUGCCCACACAGGAAAGCGUCCCUUUCCCUGCGACUUCUGCGACGCAUCCUUCAACCAGAGGAACCACCUCAUUGAGCACAUUUACACCCACACGGGAGAGCGUCCCUUUUCCUGCGACCGCUGCCCUGCAUGUGUCGGUUCAUCAUACGAAGUGUCGAAGUGGCAUACGUCAGACAUUCAAUGGUUGUGUUCCUCAUCUAAGAUGUCGCACCAGCAGUACCAUUCACUCGUGUUCGUUCAAGACAGGCUGCAUUCUUGCCGGCAGUGCACAUACGUGACCAAGUACAAGACGCACAUGAGAACACAUCUUCUGAAGCACCUGAACCAGCACCCGUACGAGUGCCACUUGUGUCCUGCCACAUUCGCCGAGAAAUUCAAGCUCACGCUUCAUUGCAUCCUUCUCAAAGAGGAGCCACCUCAGUGA